CAUAUUGUUAUAUUCAUAUUGUCAUUGGGACCGGUAAGAUACAUAAAUUAUUCAUAUUGUUCCGGUUAUAGAUACAAAAUCAUGUCGUUUUGCUUAUGGGUAUGUGGGUCGGGUGAAAAAACAAGUUGGUUUUGGCAAAAACCUAGCCCGACAAAUUCAAAAGCGGCUAAAACCGACAACCAAACCAAAACCCAUCAACACUGAAUUUUACCCGCAUUGACCGAAGUAAUUUGGAUCGAAUACGUACUCAUGAAUUCGGAUUCAAUUGUCGCCCUCCCAAUCUGUAACAUAUUCGCUGACUGUAUCUUUCGCUCCGUCGUCACUCGCUCAAGUCGAGGCUUUCAUCAUGAUUCAAAGCAUGUUUUUACAUUCAGCUGACUAUAGGAUACGAUGAUUAAUUUGAUCUCCAGUCACACCGAUCCGUACGUAAUUUGGCCAUCAUCCAGCAACGGCAUAGCUGUAAUUGGAUGGACCCCAAAAUUGAGACACCGCAUUGAAAGGGUGGGAUAUCAUGUUCACCGUCCGCAUUAAAACAGAAUUGAAAGCACUUGAUAAUUACCAUUUUAGCUAGUAACCAUCCAUCCCAAAGAAUUUCAAAUUAUGAACUUUCUAUUAUCAACAUUGUUAACAUGGAUAGAACACUCUUCCUAGUUCCUUCUAUAUGACAUGAAAAAUUAAGUUCGCUUGGAAACGGGAAAUCCUCGUAACAAAAAUCCCGAUUAAAACAUAAUUUUAUUGUAUUGAAAUUUUCGUACGAACUUGUAUCACGUGAAAUCGAUCUAGUAUCACAUACUAGAUCUUAAAACGCACGAAAAAAGGAUUGGGUUGAGUUGAUUUGGUUUGGUCGGGUCGGGGUCGGAUCAUGAACCUCCAGUGUUUCUGCUUUAUAGUAUUUGCCUCAUUGGAUAUUCUUCCUAAAGAUAGAAGUAGUAUGGUCUGGUUUUGUUUUGUUUUGUUGAGAACAACAUGCUCCCACGACUUCUAUAAUUCCACUGGCAAAAGUUGUCUUUCGGUUAAAUAUCAUUUCAAUUCUUCCUUUUUUCAGUUGAGAUGACCGUUGGCUUGAGAUGGGAAGUGAAACAUUAAAUGAAUUAUCGGUGCAUGAUUAAUAUAAUCUGAUUGAACGAUUAAAUAAAUAAUUAGUAAUGAUAGGCACAUUAUGAAAAUGUGACAAGCUAGAAACUACCCCACAUUUGCAAGAACGGAUUCUGUGCUAACUGGUAAGAGGUUAACACCAUCUUCACCCCCAAUCUCACCCACGUAUUCGUGAGGCUAAUCCAACAUAUCAUUUACAGGGGUGGCUAUACAGUCCGAUCCGGUCUCGUUAAAAAAGAAGAUAGGCCCGGCUGGACGGGAGGAAGAAGAAGAAGAAGUAAUUAGAAGUAGAGGUAGGUAGAGUGCAUAAAUGCUGCUCGAUCGUUAACUCAAUCAAAGCCAACUCACGUCCCACAGGCUCACUCAACUUAUUGCUGUGUCGACUGUGACCAUUUCCAUCGCUUUAAUUAAUUACAUAAAAAUGUCUCCGUCCUAAAAUAUAAAGUUAAAUGGGUAUAAAUAUAUGGAAGGUAUAUUUGGAUGGUCAUUCUCUUCGUUAGUUAGUUCGUUUCUAUGGAGCUCAGAAAACACUACUACCGCUGCUGCUGCUGCUGCUUCUCUCCCACAGGCACUGCCACUCUUGUCAUGAAGAUGAUGACGUGUCUUCUUCUUCUUCUUCUCCUCCUCCUCAAUUCCAACAGUGCUGUAAUUGCCUUUGCCUCCGCUGCCACAGGGCAACUGCAUCCGACGGCGGCAGAGGAGGGGGUGUACGACAUAGAUUACAGGGGACCGGAGACGCACUCUGCGGUUUUCCCUCCGCCGGGUCACUCUCAGAUUCAGGGCAGGCCUAAUUUCCUCCUCCACCACCGUAGUAAUGGAGUAUUGGCACCGGCCGCCGCUGUCCCAAUCACCAGUCGCCGUCAGCCACCGGAUCAACACAAGUACUGAUCCGCUAUCUCCAACGUAAGUAAGAGAACGUGAAGGAGGAGGAGGGAUUUGGCGGGUUACGUUGUGCUGUUCAGAUCAAAGGAAAAGGAGGCGUUUCACUCAGCAGCAGAGCAAGAAGCCAACAUGAAUUUUAAUUAAAAUUUUCUGCCAGUUCCUUCUCUCUUUUCUCCUUCUUUAUUUUUGCCCUUUUGUUAUCGGAUCAUAUGAUAAUUAUAGUAUUACUCGUAUAGAGCUUAUGAUUCCUGUAAAUUUGAUUACUUUUUUUUUUUUCGUUUUCAAUAUGUGUAUUGAUGUGAACAAUACCCUUCUGAUAGCAAUUAAAUUUGUGUUAUUUAAGAAAUUCUAGUUUAGGUGUUUGUAAGUCGUAAUUAAUUAUCAUUUUCCUGCUAUAAUUGCUACAUAUCAUCAUAUCGGUGUCAUUUGAAUUUAUUGAUCAAUCCACCAAUCCAUUUGAUCCACCAGUUCAUUCUACUAAUCCACGAAUCUAAUCUAUUUGCCACCUCUAGGUAGAGCUCAUGAGCUCCUUAAUGAGCCAAGAUCGAUCUCAACUCGUUUCUUAACAGGGCAAGCUUAAAUUUAGGCAAAAUUCGACCCAAUUCUACUAUUUAAGAAACAAUACGAGCUCAA